UUUUGUCGACCAAGUUGGAAAGAAGCUUCAAUCAUUUCCCAGUUUGAUUUUUAUUUUUGCUUCUGCAAUUGGGAGUUGGAACCUUACCCAUUACCAAAAAGGAUUUAUGUACCAAACGCUUGGGUGGAUUUAGGAUUUUGAUGCCGACACCUUAUCCAAACAAACAAGCAUCAGCUCCCAUGUUCUUCAGCUCAAAUUCAAGACAGCCCCCAUUUCUCUUACGCCAUGUUCUUGUCUUUUUUCGUCUCUAAAAAAAACAUUGCCUUUAAGCAUAGACGCAUCUCGCACUUUCACAUUAUAUUAUUGCUUCCUUUUUUACAGAAACCCAAGCCAUUGAUUGUGAAUUUGUAGUGUUUGAGUUCAUCUUGUGGCUAAGCUGCGGAGGGAAUCGAAACCUAUGGGCUUCUUAGCUUUUGUGUUAACCAUUGUGGCGCUUUUUCUGGCGUUUUCGGGUCAGGCAGUGGAAUAUGCGGGGCUUGUGAUCGAUACAACGACAAGGAUUGCUGACACGGAUGCCAAUUAUAUAUGUGCUACUCUCGAUUGGUGGCCUCACGACAAGUGUAACUAUGACCAAUGCCCGUGGGGGUUAGCAUCUGCGAUGAACCUGGAUCUGUCUCACCCUUUUCUGGCAAAUUCUGUUCAAGCUUUCAAGAGUUUGAGGUUACGAAUCGGGGGUUCAUUGCAAGACCAAGUAGUGUACGAUGUGGGCAAUCUGAAUAUCCCUUGCCAUCCGUUUAGAAAGCAAGAGGACGGGUUGUUUGGAUUUUCGCAUGGAUGCUUGCAUAUGGAUAGAUGGGAUGAGCUUAACGGCUUUUUCAAGAAGACGGGAGCACUUGUAACAUUUGGCUUGAAUGCUUUACAUGGGAGACAGCACGGGAAUAAGCAGCAAUGGGGAGGAAAAUGGGAUUCUAGCAAUGCCCGUGAUUUCAUUAGCUAUACCGUAUCCAAGGGUUACCAGAUACACUCAUGGGAAUUUGGUAAUGAGUUGUCGGGAACAGGUAUUGGUGCAAGCGUUGAUGCAGACCUAUAUGGAAAAGACGCAAUUAAUCUAAAUGCUCUUUUGGAUCAGCUAUAUACGAAUACUCGACCAAAGCCUCUUCUCUUGGCACCGGGGGGGUUUUUCGAUAAGGCGUGGUUCGGGAAACUCCUCGAUGUUUCGGGCCCGUCCACUGUCAAUGCCUUGACACAUCAUAUAUAUAAUCUCGGGCCAGGAUCUGACCAUAAUCUCGUGAAUAAAAUUUUGAAUCCCGAGUACUUGGAUGGGAUAUCACAGACAUUCCAUGAUCUUACUCAAACCAUUCAAACGAACGGUCCUUGGGCUUCCGCUUGGGUUGGGGAAUCUGGCGGGGCGUAUAACAGCGGUGGACACAACGUGUCCAAUGCCUUCGUGAAUAGCUUUUGGUAUUUAGAUCAGCUCGGGAUGGCGGCCAAAUACAGGACUAAAGUUUAUUGCAGACAGACUUUAAUAGGGGGGAACUAUGGGCUCCUCGACACCGAAUCUUUCGUCCCUAACCCCGAUUAUUACAGUGCACUUCUCUGGCAUCAGCUCAUGGGGAGCGGAGUGCUUGCGGUUAAGAGUGAUGCGUCGCCAUACCUGCGCUCAUAUGCCCACUGCACAAAAGACCGUGAGGGGGUGACAUUGCUUUUAAUCAACUUAAGCAACCAAACCGAAUUUGGAGUGGACAUUCAAUCCACCAUGGGUUUGCACCUAAAGAGAAAAGUCGAGAAAAAAUCCUUCACCCAUAGACUGAAGGAGACCUUUUCGUGGGUUGGAAGCAAGACAGUGGAUGAAACAUUGUCGGUGGAGGAGUACCAUCUGAGUCCAGAAGACGGGAACGUUAAGAGCAGAACAGUGCUUCUGAAUGGAACGCCAUUACAGCUUACAGAAAGCGGGGACAUCCCGAACAUGUUGCCAGCACUUCGGAAUGUAAAUUCCGCGAUAUCUAUUGCCCCUUUGUCCAUCAAAUUCAUAGUGUUCCCUAACCUGAAUGCCCCAGGUUGUAGAUGAGGUUUAUAGUCCCACACUCUUAUACCAUGCUCGAUUCUUAAGAGCAAAUUGUGUCUGCAAAUGUAUUAUAGCUGGAAGGAAUGUCAUAAAUGUAUUAUUAUUAUUAUAUUAUAUAUACCACUAGAUAAAUAAAUUCAUUGCUAAGCUUGUAAUGUAAUGUUUGAGUGUUCCAAC